AUGCCACUUGACGAGAGCCACUUCUCUGUAUCCUCACGAGCCACCACCGCAGCACCAUCGUCCUUAUGUGUACUAUUUGUCCUAGUCCACGCCAUCAUUAGUAUCCUUUCCUUCCUUUCGGCCGCUUCUUCGUUCUUUUCUCUGCUCCUCACAUUGUUAGGCCCGUUCUCGCUAAAAAUAGAAAAUUUGGUCCGUUUUGAAUCGUUCAUUCGCGUGCCGGAAAUAUUCUUUACCCUUAUCGGUGUCGCACGCUACGGUGAACCAAAAGGAACUGUUCAAGCUCAUCUCAAGAGAGUCCUGUUUUGGAGUUCGUACGCGAACACGUUCUUCUGUCUGAUCAUCGAGCACAUCUACUUCGUAAAGGCGGCCGGAAACUUUACCAACUUCCUGCAACUGACCGCCCUGGCACCGUGCAUGGGCUUCACAGCUCUCUCGUUCGUAAAGAUCAUGACGAUCAAGCUGCACGAGGCUAAGCUGGUCGAUAUCCUUCGUCGCCUGGAAGAGAUGUUCCCCAAGACGGCCGCCCUCCAAACACGCUACGGGGUGUUCCAGUACAAUCGGGAGUCGCAGGUCGUGAUGAAAUCGUUCUCCGUCCUUUACAUGAUACUGAUCUGGAUAUUUAACCUGCUGCCGCUGGUUUCCAUGGUCGUCGGGUACUACACGGAUGGUAGCUGGCAGAAGCAACUACCGUACUUCAUGUGGUACUGGUACGAUUGGCACCAGUCCGGGUACUUCGAGCUGACCUUUCUGCACCAGAACUGGGGUGGCUUCGAUUCGGCCGUGUUUAACCUUUCCACCGAUCUCAUGUUUUGUGCCAUCAUCCUACUGCUUUGCCUCCAGUUUGACAUCGUGGCGUAUCGGUUGAAGCACGCCCUUCCGGAUGACCACGAAGAGCUGAACGGAUGUGUUCGUAUCCAUCAGAGUGUGAUUGAGUUGAGCAACGAACUCGAGAGCAUCUUCUCGCCAUCACUACUGGUUAACUUUCUCGGCAGCUCGGUUAUAAUCUGUUUGGUCGGAUUCCAGGCUACGGCGGGGAUCUCCGCUGCAGAUCUUUUUAAAUUCGUGCUUUUUUUAGUCUCCUCGCUGGUUCAGGUAUUCCUGUUGUGUUACUAUGGUAACAAACUGAUCGUUGCGAGUGAUCAAAUACCAUACAGUGCCUUCGAAGGACAUUGGAUUGGUGCCUCGCAGUCUUACCAACGGUCACUUCUCUUCGUAAUGAUGCGUUCAACAAAACUGCAAAAGCUAACUGCAUUGAAAUUCUCGAUCGUGUCUUUGGCCAGUUACUCCAAGAUUUUAAGCAGCUCCUUCUCCUACUUCACCUUGCUGAAAGCUAUGUACGAACCAAACGAGAAGAACAUUAAGGACAUGUAG